AAAUAUCUAACAGAAGAAGAAGAAGAAGCCACAGCGCUAGCCGAGUAGCAUGGAUGGUUAGCAGUUGUAGAGUCCACUCCUACCUACGUUUGACAUGUAAUGCGCCCAGAGGCUGAACUGUGAAGCGCAUUUACUGUCUGGCUGUGUGACAGCGCGUUUUUGGCGGCAGCUGGGCGAGAAUGAAGGUGAAGAUCUGGCAGUGGAGCGGAGUGGCCUCCUGGUCCUGGGUGGCUAACGACGACAACUGCGGCAUCUGCAGGAUGCCAUUCAAUGGCUGCUGCCCGGACUGUAAAGUUCCUGGAGACGACUGCCCGCUGGUCUGGGGUCAGUGCUCUCACUGUUUCCACAUGCACUGCAUCCUGAAGUGGCUGAACUCCCAGCAAGUCCAGCAGCAAUGCCCCAUGUGUCGGCAGGAAUGGAAGUUCAAAGAGUGACUCGGCUCUACCGUGGCGACAAAAAA